UCUCUCUCAUUGUUCUCUCUCCCUCUCUUUUGCCAUUGUUCAGAGAAUCAUCCUCCUCGUCGUACGUCACCAUGUCUCUCCUCUCUGAUCUCGUCAACCUCAAUCUCUCCGAAUCCACUGAGAAGAUCAUCGCUGAAUACAUUUGGAUUGGAGGAUCUGGUUUGGACUUGAGAAGCAAAGCAAGGACACUGCCUGGACCAGUAACAGACCCAGCAAAACUGCCCAAAUGGAACUACGACGGUUCAAGCACCGACCAAGCCCCAGGAGAUAACAGUGAAGUCAUCCUGCACCCCCAGGCUAUUUUUAAGGAUCCAUUCAGAAGAGGAAAAAACAUCCUGGUGAUCUGCGAUGCGUACACACCGGCGGGAGAGCCAAUCCCCACCAACAAAAGAUUCAACGCUGCCAAGAUAUUCAGUCACCCGGACGUUGUCGCCGAGGAACCCUGGUACGGGAUUGAGCAAGAGUACACUCUUCUACAAAAGGAUACUAAGUGGCCUCUUGGAUGGCCAAUUGGUGGGUUCCCUGGUCCACAGGGACCCUACUACUGCGGUGCCGGAGCAGACAAGGCCUUCGGUCGUGAUAUUGUGGAUUCACAUUACAAGGCUUGCCUCUAUGCCGGAAUCAACAUUAGCGGUAUCAACGCUGAAGUUAUGCCCGGCCAGUGGGAAUUUCAAGUUGGUCCUACUGUUGGUAUUGCUGCUGGUGAUCAGUUAUGGGCUGCUAGAUACAUCCUUGAGAGAAUUACAGAAAUUGCCGGAGUUGUUCUUUCUUUGGACCCGAAACCAAUCCAGGGUGAUUGGAAUGGUGCUGGUGCUCACGCUAACUACAGUACCAAGUCAAUGAGAAACGACGGCGGAAUUGACGUGAUCAAGAAGGCAAUCGAGAAACUGAGUCAGCGUCACAAGGAGCAUAUUGCUGCCUACGGAAAAGGCAACGAGAGGAGAUUGACAGGUCUCCAUGAGACCGCUGACAUCCACACUUUCUCUUGGGGCGUGGCAAACCGAGGGGCCUCUGUCCGUAUUGGUCGCGAUACUGAGAAGGCUGGCAAAGGCUAUUUCGAGGACAGAAGGCCGGCGUCGAACAUGGAUCCGUAUAUUGUGACUUCCAUGAUCGCUGAAACCACCAUUCUUUCCAAGUGAGAUUGAAUCCUAUUCGGAGGAAAUUAGCUCCGUCAAUUGCAAAUAACUCUCUAUGAAUUUGUCUCUCUAGUUGCAUGCGUGUUGGCAUGUACAUUUGCUACUUUCGGUUGAUUGGUUGUUGUUCUAACGAUUGUGUAAUCGUUACGAGUUUAAGGUUGCCUAACAACCUGUAAUAAAAAGGGAAACAUUA